GUGAGCUUUUCGUCUGUUUGAUGCUUGUUUGGGAGGGGAAGCUAACCCUGCUACCACACUUAUGCUUUGGUCGAAACAUUGAUGGGCGUUGGCCCUUGGGUCCUUUUCCCUUCCACAACCCCCCCUUGCGCAGAAGAGCCGAAUUUGGGAUGUGGGCGGUCCCCUCUUUAGGACCCCCCCCUCCCCUUGACACCACACUAGAUGUUCAUGGAUGGGUUUUCAUGGGUCCCUCUUCCCGGGCAGAUCUCCCAGAUGUCUUGGCCCUUGCCUCGUGUGCCAGCAGCAACAGCGACAGCAGCAGCGGCGGCAAUGAUCCAGGAAGCAAGCGGGCCUGUAAGAAGGACGCAUGUACCUCUCGGAGUGAGGCAAGGUACCGAACGUGAGUACCUACAUGCCCCCUCCUCACCGCAGGGGAAAAAAGAUUCUUACCGGCUUUUGUCCCGCAUUGUGCUUUUUCCAUUUAUCUACUUUGAGAAUAUUACCAUUACUUCUCUCUUCCAAUUCCUCGACUUUUUCCUCAACGCAUUUUCGACUCCAUCACAGGAAUUCAAUUCGAGAUAUUGGGUACGGAGAACCAAUCAAAACAGGUAUGUUUCCGUCAUUCAACGCGUCCUUUCCCUCUCUAUCUCUCACUCUGUCGCUGUCUCCUUAAGUAUACGAGUACGGUUCGUUUGUUUUUUUAUUGUUUCCGUCGUACUUUUAUUUUUCUUCUACGUUAUUCUUUGGCCGUUCCUGUCGCCUCAGGCCGAGACCAACCACCUCAACCCUGCCGUUUACCAUUGUACCUGGCCAUAGUCAUUAGCUAGGGAAGGUACCUUGCAUGCCGUCAUUCGUCUUGUUGCCCGUCGGUCAAUUGAGCCCCCCCUCCUCCCCUCCACUCGUUGGACCCCUCCACGUUCC